UCUGUUGAAAUUUCUCAAAACAAAGGUGAAGAGAAAUUCUCUUCAUCAGCGAAACCAAUUUCUGAUCGCUCGAUUCCCAACUGCAAUUGUUAUUAUCUCCGCCCAAGACAUCUCGGCGGUAAAUCGAAUAACGAAAAGUGCAGAGGUCUGAACAAUUGUCAGCAUGGACUUGUCGUUUAAAUCCUAUCGGUUUUUGUUGUCUUCAUCGUCAAUUUGAUAACAGUGACGAAUAUAUUAAAAAAAGGACGACACUCCAUCCCCGAGGAGACCCUAUAUGCUACACCCGGUUGUAUGUACAUCCGUGGUCCAAUUAACAUAAAAGCCCAUUAAGAGAUCUAGCCCAUAACACACCUGGCCCCAAUUUUUAUCGGGUAAUAUCGAUAACCGAAAAACAGAGCCUGCGAUUUAAACAUAUCAAAAAACGGAAAAGUAACUUCUCUCGAACUACCUUCUGAAAUUUCUUCGAAAACGACGCAAGCAUUCAUACACGCCGUAUUAAAGCUCGAAAAACGAUGACAGCCUCCAGACAAUUGUCAACUUCGCGGAGUUGUUCGUAGAGUUGCAGAGCAACGACAAGUUAAGAACAGAGGAAGAGUUUGAGCAGCAAGUUGUUUCUGUUUGAGCAUUGAAGCGAGUGAUGGACCUACUAUCCGAGUAUGAGAUGAUGAAGAACGCAGAUAAGCAUGAAACUCCAGAAGGAUCAGAGAGGAUUUUAGAUCCACGACCUAUAAGUGAGAUCCCAGUGCUGCGCUCAAAUCCAAAAAAGAGAGUAAAAAAGACUUCCAAAGUUCCACAGAAGCAGAAGAAGAUGAAACCAAAAGCAAUUCCAAAAAAGGAAAAGGCUAAUAUGGACUUAAUAAAACAAAUUGAAGCUGAGAUAAAGAUGAGUGAUGAAGAAACAAGGGUUGCAGAAGUAAGGAAGGAUAGCACUAAGAAGACUGAGCAUGUUGGAGAACAAUCUGAGAAACAAGGGAGGGAUACUGAGCACCAAGGGAAAGAAACUGAGCACCAAGAGAGGGAAACUGAGGAGCAUGUGAAUGUUGAAGAAACAAGCAAAGGUGGCAGUAAGAUGACUGAGAAUGUUGUAGAAGAAUCUGAGCACCGAGGGAGUGAACCUGAGCAGCAAGGUAUUGAAACUGAGCAACAUGAUAAUGUUGAAGAAACAAGGAAUACUAGCAGUAAGACAACUGAGGAGGUUGGAGAAGAAUCUGAGCAACAGGGAAGGGAAAAUGAGCAACAAGGUAUGGAAAUUGAACAAAAUCAGAUUGUUAUAGAAGUACAACAAGGAGCUGCACAGAGAAAUAAUGAGAAGAAAAGAAAGAGAAAUAAUGCAGGCUCAAUUAAGAAAAGUACAGAACAAGGAAAUUCAAGCAAAGAGAAAGAGAGCGAGGAAGUUAGUCCAAAAAGAAGAACUACAAGAUCAACAACUUCAGAAGCAACUGAAAAGAAAAAUGAUGAAGUUCAGAAAAAGAAGAAAGAAGUUCAUGCAAAGAAGAAAAUAACAAGGGAAGCAGAUUCAAUAAAAGAGAAGAAGCAGAAGAUAAAGAAGAAGAAAGCAGAAGAAGAGGAAGAAUUUGAGGAGGACGAAGAGGAGAUAGAGAAGGAAGAGAAUGCAAAAUACCCAAAGCUGUGGACAAGAAUGUCUCCGAGUAGUAUAACAGAAAUAAUGAAAAAUCUAAGUGCAGAACAAAAGAAAGAGGUGGUUGAGAUGGGAUUUGGCCCCUUACUGAACCUUGAAGUGAAGCAAUUGCCAAUGCAGUUGGCAUAUUGGUUGCUGGACAAUUUUGACAGCAGAAGUGUGUCUCUUCUUCUGCCAAACAAUGAAAGGUUGAGGAUUAAUGAAGAUGGAGUGCACGUGACAUUGGGAUUUCCAAAAGGAAAGAUUAAUGUGAAGAAUUUGAUUGACACUGAAUCUGAGAAUACUUCACACAUGGUGGCUAAUUGGAGAUCACAAUUUCAGACCGAAAAUGGAGUUGUGAAGACUGCUCAAGUGAAGAAGGUUAUAGAAGAAAACAAAGCAGGCGGAGUAUGGUUUAAAAAGAAUUUUUUGGUUCUCCUGGUAACAUGUUUGAUUGAAGGGAAGCAAAAUUGCUUUGCCAAUCAAAGCAUUCUGAAGGCAUUGCAGGAUGAUUCAAAAAUCAAGGAUCUGAAUUGGUGUGGAUACACUUUGGAAACAUUAAUUGAAGCAAAGGACUAUUGGAGCAAAAAUAGAGAAAGACAGUUCCCAGGGCCUUUAUUAUUUCUGAUUGUGUUCUAUGUAGACAACAUUGUGUUCAAAGGCAGAAAAGUGGACAGAGCAUUGCCAUCUAUUAUUGGCUGGACAACACAAAAGCUGAACAAACGACAGAAGGAAGAAAUUGAAACUGGAGGUUUUGGAUACGGAUAUAUAGAUGAACCUAACAAAGGGGAAUUGAUAGUUCCAAAACUGAUCACAAAUGAAGAAGAAGCUGAAAUCCCGAUCGAGGGAAACAGUAAUCAGGAGCCAAAGAAGGAUAUUAUGAAGGAGUUUGCUGCAGCAGCGAAGAAUUUGGCAGAAAGCAUGGCCAAUUUUGAUGAAAAAUUUCAACAGGCUGCAAAGGUGUUACCUGAUGAUGAGACAAUGAAGAUUUUAAUGGGAAAAGUCCAUGGGCUUUUCAACACAUAUUCAUCAGAAAAGGAGAAAGAAAAAGAAAAUGAAACCGAAGUGUCACUGACUCCAGAUGAUGGAUUCUGGACUGAAGAAGUGCUCAAAGCAGUUGAAGCUAUUGAAAUGGCUCAGAAGAAAAGAGUUGAGAGGCCAACUUUUACUCAGUAUGAAAAGCCAAGCUUCAAGUUGCUUUCACAGGAGUCAAAUGAUGGGGCGAAUACAUAUGGGGAUGAUGAUGAGCAUCAUCAUGACAUAAUUGAGCAACAUGGCAAUGCAAUUGAGCAUGCAGAGGAUGAUCCAAGUGAGCAAAUGAAUAAGGAUAAUGACAAUGCUGAGGAUGUUAAUGAGGAUGAAGAGGAAUCUGAAAAGGAAGAAUGUGAAGAAGAAAGAGACAGAAGGUUUAGAAAGGGUAAGCAAGUUGAACAAUAUCACAUUGAACCAAAAGAGAACAAAGUGGAAAGAGAAAAAAGAGAAACAGCCCCAGCACUUGCUGUGAAGUCCCCAUUCAUGAACAGAAGUAUAGAUGCAAGGACAACACUUGGCAGUGAGGAAAGACUACUUGCAGGUUUUGUGUUCAAUGAUCAUUGUGACAAGAAUGUUGUGGUGUUCAAGCAUUACAACUUCACUCUUUCAAAAGCUCAGAUGGAAACAAUGAAGAGCAACACAAAAGUUGAUGCUGGAAUUAUAGAUAUAUGGGCAAUGUUGCUUAAUCAUAAUGAAAAGUUCAAAAGCCCUGAAGCUAAAAGCAGAAUGAUUUUCUCAACAAGACCAUGUCAUGUGCUAGAUCAAAAUCAUCUCACCGCUCCACAAACAAGGAACAAAAGGUUUGCGGCAGAAAUUGGCAAGGAAUUUCCCUGUGCAGAUGGAAAUAAGUUGAGGUCAACAGACCUAUUCAUAUUCCCAGAUGAAUACAAUGGGUGCUACUAUAUGAUGUGCUUUGACUUGAAGAGCAUGAAGUUCUACAUCAUUGAUAGUAGCGACGGAGAUAUAGCUCCUGCAGUCAAGUACUUGUUUCAAAUGUCAUACCUGAGAAGUGGAUUUGUGAAAUUUCUUCGAGAUCAAAAACACCCAAAGGCAGAUAAGGUUGUGAAGCUGAAGGAAGAAGUGGUUAAAAUGCAUUGGAGAAACAAGAAAAACAAAACCAAUGAGGGAGUUUAUUUGAUGAGGCACAUGGAGACAUUUUAUGGUGACACAGCAUGGGAGUGUGGAUUAGAUAAACAAAGUGAAAAACCAAUUGAGAUGAUGCGGAUUAAGUACUUGCAUGCAAUAGUAACAUCUGAUAAGAAUGAGAUCAAGAAGAACAUCAUGGAACAAGUGAAGAAACACAAUGUGUAUACCUAGAAGAUUUGUAAUGCUAUUGAUGAUUGUGGCGUUGAUGAACAUAUUGUUGUUUUUUAAUUCAUGCUAAACAAUAUUAGUAUUUGGGACAUAUGAUAUUACUAUUAAGCUUGGAUGACAGUAGUCAUGUUAGUAAUAUUAAAUAAGGACAUAUGCUUAUGGGAAGUUCAUAUUAUUGAUCAUUAUUAGUAAGUUCUAUGCUCAUUUCCU